AUGUUGGUAGUACCAAACUGUGUUGGAGUGCUCGGGAAAGUGGGGGUGCUGUCUCUUAAAACGACUCUCUCGGCCUCCAUGAGGGGCAGCCUUUCUUUGAAAAGGGGAAUACAUGCGUCCACUGUCCGUCAGUUUGACUACGAGGAGGAGAAAGCGGUCCUGGACAAGAUGUCAGAGAAGAUGAGUCCAGCAGAUGUUUCUACUGCUCGGACGCUUCGAAAUAUUGGGAUUUCUGCACAUAUUGAUUCCGGGAAGACCACUUUUACCGAGCGUGUUUUGUAUUAUACAGGGAGGAUUAAGGCGAUCCAUGAGGUCAGAGGUAGGGAUAAUGUCGGUGCUAAGAUGGACUCGAUGGAUUUAGAAAGAGAGAAGGGGAUCACUAUCCAGUCGGCAGCCACGUACUGUUCUUGGGACAAAGAUAAGCAAAAUUACCACUUCAAUCUGAUCGAUACCCCAGGGCACAUAGACUUUACUAUUGAAGUGGAACGUGCGUUGAGAGUCCUGGAUGGUGCUGUACUAGUUGUCUGUGCAGUCUCCGGUGUUCAGUCCCAAACAGUCACAGUUGAUAAUCAAAUGAGAAGAUACAAUGUCCCCAGAAUUACGUUCAUCAACAAGAUGGACCGUAUGGGAUCCGACCCAUUCAGGGCUGUCGAGCAACUAAAUACGAAAUUGAAAAUUCCUGCUGCUGCACUGCAAAUACCCAUUGGUAACGAAUCCAGUUUGGAAGGUGUAGUCGAUAUCAUCAACAUGGAGGCGCUGUACAAUAAGGGCGAUAAUGGUGAGACCAUCGAGAGAGGACCCGUCCCAGAGAACUUGAAACAGUUGGCAGAGGAGAAAAGACAGACUUUGAUUGAGACACUAGCGGAUGUCGACGACGAAAUGGCUGAAAUAUUUCUUGAUGAAAAGGAACCCACGAUUCCAGAGAUUAAAUCGGCUAUUCGUAGAGCAACUAUUGCAAGAAAGUUUAGUCCUGUGCUUAUGGGGUCUGCGCUGGCCAAUACUGGUAUUCAACCAGUCUUGGAUGCUAUUGUGGACUAUCUGCCAAACCCAUCUGAGGUGUUGAACACGGCAUUGGAUAUUACUCAUGACGAAGCCAAGGUCAACUUAAUCCCAUCGAUGCAGCAGCCAUUUGUUGGUUUGGCCUUCAAAUUAGAAGAAGGUAAGUACGGGCAACUGACCUAUAUCCGUGUUUAUCAAGGUAAACUUAAAAAGGGUUCAUUUAUCACAAACGUACAAAACGGCAAGAAGGUUAAAGUGUCGAGGUUGGUCAGAAUGCAUUCCAACGAUAUGGAGGAUGUUGACGAGGUUGGUUCCGGUGAAAUCUGUGCUACCUUCGGUAUUGACUGUUCUUCUGGUAAUACGUUCACAGACGGGACUGUCGAGUACUCAAUGUCUUCGAUGUUUGUUCCAGACGCUGUGGUCUCCUUGUCUAUAAACCCCAAGACCACAGAUUCAACCAACUUUUCUAAAGCCUUGAACCGGUUCCAAAAGGAGGACCCCACAUUUCGGGUUCAAUUUGACCCAGAGUCUAAACAAACCAUUAUAUCCGGUAUGGGUGAAUUGCACUUGGAGAUUUAUGUGGAGCGUAUGAAGCGUGAAUACAACGUUGAGUGUGUCACGGGUAAGCCCCAGGUUGCAUACAGGGAAUCGAUAACCAGCGUUGCAGAGUUUGACUACACGCACAAGAAACAGUCUGGUGGUGCAGGUCAGUUUGGUAGGGUUGCCGGUACUUUGUCUCCAUUGGAGGGCGACUCCAAGAGCAAUGUCUUUGAAACGGCUAUUAUCGGGGGUGCUAUCCCAGAGAAGUUUCUGGCAGCUUGUCAUAAGGGUUUCGAUGAGGUAUGUGAGAACGGUCCUCUGGUAGGACACAAGGUCUUGAAUGUGAAAAUGUUUAUCAAUGACGGUGCGAUCCACGCUGUUGACUCCAAUGAACUUGCUUUCAAGACUGCUACGAUCGCGGCGUUUCGUCAAGCCUUUGCCAAGGCCAACCCUGUGAUUUUGGAGCCAAUAAUGAACGUGUCUGUAACGUCGCCAAACGAGUUCCAAGGUAACGUCAUCAGCUUGCUGAACAAACUGCAAGCUGUCAUCCAGGACACGGAGAACAAUCACGACGAGUUCACACUGAAGGCGGAGUGUCCGUUGAGCUCGAUGUUUGGUUUUGUAACUUCAUUGAGAGCGUCAACCCAGGGUAAAGGUGAGUUCUCCUUGGAAUUCAGCCAUUACGCUCCAACGGCUCCUCAUAUCCAGAAACAGCUGAUUCAAGAAUAUCAGAAGAAGCACGAAAAGAAGUAA